CGGAAGUGUACUAAGAAAGAUGUUACACUGAGCUGUCAGUUGCACUUGUUUACAUCAGACUUUAUUUGUACUUUUUGUUAAAAGACACGUACAGACUGUCGGCGAGGCAUUAUUCGGAUUGUCUUGUUCGAGGAUAAAGCAGUAAUCUUCCAUCAUAACCGGAGAAAUGAGGGUGUCUGGAGCUUUAUUUCUGCAGUUUUUGCUGUUGGUCGUGCCUCACAUCAGCUGCUGGAAUGAUGAGGCUGUGUUGCUUCGUGAUGUUCAGGCGCUGACCCUGUACAGAGGACGCUACACCACAGCCCGCCGCUCCAGCCCUGUUCCCCAGCUGCAGUGCAUCGGAGGCUCAGCCGGGUGUGGAUCCUUCACCCCAGAGGUGGUGCAGUGCUACAACAGAGGAUCAGAUGGCAUCGACACACAGUGGGAAUGCAAGGCUGAUAUGGACAAUUCACACCGGUUUGGCCGUGUGGAGGUCUCCUGUGAGGGUUAUAACAGCCCUAAUGAUGCCUAUGUGCUGCGAGGCUCCUGUGGUCUGGAAUAUACUCUGGAGCUCACAGCAGAAGGGAAGCAACAGCAGGGAUCGUCCGGAUUCUCUGGCUUUGCUUCCAACUUCUUCCAAGGAUUUUCCAAUCAGAAGCAGCAGCAGCAGAGAGGAGGAGGCGGAGGCUCAUAUCAGCAGCACUCCUAUCAGAACAGCCCAUCUGGAGAUGGAGUGGGUGGGCUUUUAGUGGUGGCUUUCCUCCUGCUGGUGGCGUUUGUGGUCUACAAGAUGUUUCUGUGCAGUCCCACUCACGGCCACCAGGGUUUCGGUGGAGAUCAGGGGUAUGACAGCACCGGCGGGGCCUGGGACAAUAAUCAAGGCACAGGGCCGCCACCUCCGGGAUUUAAGCCUGAUUAUUAUUCAGGAGCUGAAUACUAUUAG